AAAUGAUCACACUAAGUAUCUCGUAUUGGUUGUUUCAGCUGUCAACUCCUUAUCCAAAGUUUGAAGAUAUUUUCGAAGCUUUCGAUGACUCAGUAGUGUGCCCUCAAAGAGAACAAUUCAACAAAACCCUCGUUGGAACUCUCGACUGUCUUACCCUUAAUAUUUACGUGCCCACAGUUGACCCCUCCAGCAAUCCGCUUCCAGUAUUAGUCUUCAUUUUCGGCGGAGCACUCCAAUUUGGUUCGGGUGGGAGAUACAUUUUUGGUCCCAAGUUUUUAGUCAAGCAUAAUAUUAUUCUAGUAACGCUAAACCAUCGUUUGGGUCCUUACGGCUUUAUGUGUCUCAAUAACCCAAAAGUCCCUGGUAAUCAGGGAAUAAAAGAUCAACGAUUAGCUUUGAGAUGGAUCAAAGAUAACAUAGAAGAUUUUGGAGGCGAUGCUAACAAAAUCACUUUAUCUGGUCAAAGCGCCGGUUCCAUGUCAGUUGAUCUGCACAUCCACUCGCUUGAGGAGAAUUUGUUUCAACAAGCUAUUUUAGAAAGCGGAACAAUUUUGACACCAUUCUUGUUUAUUAAUCCGGGAGAAGAAGGACCAUUGAUAUUGUCUAGAUACUUAGGUUUGGAUACUAAUGAUGUAAAUAAAGCCUUGGCAUUUCUUGCCACAGUCGAUACCAAUGAUGUUAUUGCUGCUUCAGAGAAAAAUAAUUUGACAUUUAAGGUGUGUGUGGAAAAAAGUUUUGAGAACGUCGAACCGAUAGUAACUGAUUACCCUGUGAAUUUACAAGCCCCGAGAGUUAAAAACAUCUCUAUUUUAACUGGAUUUAACGAGGAAGAAGAACUCCGAAGUUAUGGCAAUGUUGAUGACAACUAUUUAAAGGAUAAUGAUUUGUUUAAGAAAUACAUUGAGGGAUUUUUUGAUUUUGACAACUGCACGUAUGACGCAAUGAGAACAAUUUUGAAACACUUUUACUUUGGAGACAGUGAAGUAGACGUAGAGACAAGACGGCAGAUUAUAAACUUAGCUUCAGAUUUACAAGGUAAUUAUCCUGUCUUAAGAAACUUAAGAAAAUACAUUACCAGUGGUGCAAAAUAUGUGAUGAAAAUAAUAUUUUCUUAUCUCUUUGCUUACGUUGGAGAUAGAAAUUAUGCGAAAUACAAAUUAAAUAUUACCAUCGGGGGAGCUACACACGCCGAUGAGAUUGGCUACUUGUUUGACGUGGCGUUUUUGCAACCAUUCAUGUCUGAGGAAGAUCGUCGCAUGAUCGAUGUAAUGACUACAAUGUGGACAAAUUAUGUAAAGUAUGGAAAUCCAACUCCAGAACCAACAGAUCUUCUGCCAUUGAAAUGGGAUCCUGUCACCGCUGAGCGUUGGAACUAUCUGCUCAUAGACACCGAUCUCGCUAUGGCCACCAGACCCUAUAAUCAGAGAAUGACUUUUUUGGACGUGUUUUUUAAGACAAAUGAGAAAUAUCAAAUUGGUUAUCACGAUAAUAAUGAUAAUAAUGUUUGUUUGAUCAAUCCACUGUAA